AUGACGCAGCAGGAGCAUUUUGUGUUGAUUCAUGGACUGGGGCACGGAGCUUGGUGUUGGUAUAAAGUGAUUGCCUUGCUGCACCGACAAGGCCACCGAGCAGUAGCUUUGGAUCUUACUUCUAAUGGCAUUAGCAGGGAAGCCCCUGCUCAUCAAGUCAAAUCCCUUGCCAAAUAUUCUCAACCUCUUCUUCAGUAUCUCACUGCCAUACCCAGUUCUGACAAGGUGAUUGUUGUGGGGCACAGCCUAGCAGGAAGUGUUGUAUCAUAUGCAAUGGAGAUGUAUCCGCACAAGAUAUCCAAGGCCAUAUUCAUAGCCUCCUUCAUGCCCCGUACCAAUCAGAGCUACCUGGCCUCUUCUUUCCCUCAGGUGUUUCCAAGGCUGCUGGUGAAUGGAGUAGUGAAGUUAAACUACAACGAAGGAAAGAGCUCGGAACUGCCCAUCUCUGCUUCCUUCAAUUUGGAUCACGUUAAAGAUUAUCUAUACAACGAGAGCUCAGAAGAGGAUGUGAACCUGAGCAAGUUACUCCUGACAGCAACGCCAUAUUCAGUGGCAGAGGAGGUCCUUCACUUGACUCCUCAAAAGUAUGGAAGUGUGCGGAGAUUUUUUGUGAAGACAGAGAAGGACAAGCUGUUCCUUCCCCAAAACCAGGACUACACCAUUGCACAGAAUCCCCCUGAGAGAGUAUUCCCUUUGGAAGACAGCGAUCACUCUCCUUUCUUUUCCCAACCUCUUACCCUCUGCAAUCUUCUUCAGAACAUUGCCUCUCUGUGA